AUGAGUUUGGACACGCUCUUCCAUCAAAUACUGGUGACUGAACAACAGCUGACUGAGCAGACACAGAAGUUUAAAGAAGUGAAAGUUGCCAUCAUCAGAUGCAGUGAGAAAAUCAAGGACACGUCUGAAAAGUAUGAAAAGACCAUCAAGGAACUGGAUGAAAAGGAUCAGCAGUUGUCUGUGAUGCGGCUGCAGCACGAGCUAAUGAAGAAAUCUGAAGACCAGAUAUCGAAGCAAAUUGAGGAGCUGCUUGGCCAGAAGAGUCAUCUUAUGGAACGUUUAGCCAAAAUAAAGAAGGAGUCUAAAGAAGAAGAGGAAAGCUUCCUUCAAGAGAUCUCAAGGUUUAACAGUGACUUCAGUCUUCCAGGGAACAGAGGAACAGUGUUCAAGAGCCAAACACACACUGAGAUCCUGGACCUGGAGGGGGACGUGGAAUCAUUAUACAAAGAGAUGCAGCUGAUGAGCAGUGGGAACAGUCACCUGAUCGCUCUGCAGGAGGAGAAGCGAGCGCUCCAGCUCGAACUACAGGGCCUGGAUAGUAACCGGAAAGACCUGGAUCAGCAGCUGGGUUUGGCUGAAGCAGCGACAGAUUCUCUGAGAGCAGACAGCCUGAGUGUCAGUCAGAAACCUCUCACCGACAGCACCUGUCUGAGACUGAGGCAGGAGCUGGAGAUGCAUAAAAAAGGAGAACUGGAGCUUCUGCGUGAGACGCUCGGCUCAGAAAUCCAGAUCCUUCAGACCAAGCUGGAGAGCAGCCAGAGAACUGAGCAGCGUUAG